AUGCCGCCACGCCUCCCAGGGAAGCUGCUGCCGCUUUCCUCCCCCCUAUGGGGCGUUCAAUUGCUGGCGCCUCGUACAGCGGCGCGGCCAUUCGGCAUCCGCUCACUCAAUCCCCCGAAACCCAGCCGGUUCAAUGUCGGGCCUGGCCUGCCUGUUCUCGAGUCGACAUCAACAGCAGCGCUCCGACGCAAAGCCAAUUCGCUGCCCCUGCGCUCAGGCGCCAUUACAACCAAGAAGGGAAUGACAGCCGUGUACGACCCAGAGACGGGCAAGCGCACCGCGUGCACCGUGCUGCAACUGGACCGGGUCGAGGUGGUCUCACACAAGACGAGGCAGAGGCACGGCUACUUUGCGGUGCAGAUUGGUGCCGGCUGGAGACACCCUAGCAACGUGAAAAAGGCCAUGCUAGGCCAUUUCUCUUCCCAGGGCGUCUCGCCCAAGCGUCACGUUGUCGAGUUCCGUGUCAAGGAUGAGUCCGGUCUCCCGCCUGUCGGUCAGCAGAUCGAUGCUGCUUGGUUUCAGGAUGGCCAGUAUAUUGACGCCCGCUCCAACACCAAGGGAAAAGGCUUUGCUGGUGUGAUGAAGCGCCAUGGCUUCCACGGCCAGGACCGCAGUCACGGUGUGAGUUUGACGCAUCGAUCGGCGGGUUCGACGGGCCCCAGUCAGGGUGGUGGUUCGAGAGUGUAUCCCGGAAAGAAGAUGGCGGGAAAUAUGGGGAAUAACCAAAACACCGUCCAAAACCUGAAGGUGUUGAAAGUGGAUCCGGAGAAUGGUAUUGUUGUUGUGAACGGCACCGUUAGUGGUCCCAAGGGAUGCGUCGUCCGAAUCCAGGAUGCGAUCAAGAAGCCAUGGCCGAAGGUCGCCCCGAUUGUGGCAGAGCCCGCGGCCGAAGCUGCGGCUGCGGCUGCUUGA